UAACCAACAAUGACGUAGCGAUUGUGUUGGUGGGUAGGAAAAGUAGGUCGAACUCCUCCAGUGGCGACUACGAUAGCGACAGGGCUCCAUCGUCCGGCCAAGCCAGGUAAGUCUCCUUCUUUGUCGACCAAUGGGUUGGCGAAGAAAUCUUCCGCCUAUCUUACCUACCCCUCGGCCUUCUCCACCGAUUUUGGACCCAUUAGGGCACCAUAAUCCCUAACCCCCUUCGCCUCCCACUCUUCGCCGCUCGUUUUCCCGUCUUAGGGAUUGAGCUUCACCGACUCCGCCCCAUUCUCCCUCCUCUUCACAGCAACUUCCCACGAUUUUCACUGCCAUAAACCCUAGUACUCCUCACUUCUCAGUUUCUGACUUCCCACCACUCCAAUCCUCCCCAUCCCCUCCGAUCCAUAGCUCGGAGAAGAUUUCCCAGCCCUCCACUACUGACUAUGGGGCCAGCUCUGGUUCUCCCAAGUCAGGCUUGGUCUCUGACCUUACUGAGGUAAUCCCUCAUCCUACUCAGUCUCCUUCUACUGCUGGCCCUAGUAGCUCUCUCUCUCAGGCUACUCAGCCUGUACUUGAGUUCCCCUGCCCUGCGGCCCAACAACAUUCCCCUGCGGCUACGGAACUGCAAUCCAAAUCUCUAUCGAAACCGAAACCCCAGGCUCCGAUCACCUGGGCAGCCAAGUUGCGUGGACCGAGAAACCAACUUACCAAACUUGGAAAAUGCUCUACGUAAUCCCUCGAGUGCUUCAUUUGAGGAGGAACAAUAGUGCUGCAACGGUGGACACAUCUUCGAGACAUAGAGGAGAAAUACUUGAAGCAACGAUCAAGAGUGCACUGGCUACGUGUUGGGGAUCAGAAUUCUAGGUUCUUCUACAGAUCUCUGCUGAUCAGAAAUUUCAGAAACACUAUCCGUCAUCUUAUCGACUCGGAUGGACAACGCGUUACUGAUCAAGACAUGAUUAGCAUGAUGAUGGUGGAGUACUAUAAAUCCAUAAUGGGACCACCUAGACAGGCACGUAGCUCCUCAAAUCUAUUAUCUGAAAUACAGGCCUUAUGCCCAAGAGUUCCUACAUAUGUUCUUCAGCAAGCAGCAAGGCCAUUCACUAAUGCAGAAAUCAGAGCUGCUCUACAGUCCAUACCGUCGAAUAAAACUCCGGGCCCGGAUGGUCUAACGGCGGAGUUUUAUUUGAAGACAUGGGACUUCUUGGGAUUUGAGGCCUUGGGCGUUCCUGAAUAUAUCUUACGUCCAAUACAAGCUUGUAUCUCCUCCACUUAUUUCUCGGUUGCAGUGAACGGUGGUCUGUAUGGGUUUUUUGCUGGGUCUAGAGGCUUAAGACAGGGAUGUCCCCUCUCUCCCUAUCUAUUCAUCCUUGGAAUAACUGUCCUUUCAUCAAUGCUUGAUGUUGCAGUAGCUGAGAAUCAACUUGGUUACCAUCCAGGUGUUGGUUUAGUGCUCUAUGAUGUACUGUUUAUGAGCUUUAUUUAGAUACAUUUGAUGUAUUGAUAC